UCGCUUGGAGUCGGAGUCGCAGCUCGAGCUGUACUCUGCCUGGCCCAGAGCUGCUGCUUGAGCGCGACGGUGCCCUCAGCCUGUCUCCGCGGCCUCCUCAGUCUUGGUGAGAGGGGCCAAGCCACCUGUUCGCCUCCAAGGCUAGCGUCUUCAGGUCUACAGGAGGCAUCAGGCGAUGAACCCUAGGCCGAGUGUGGUGUGAAGGCAUCUGGGAAAGCGGAAGGAGUCCUGGGGAAGAUGGCCAUGGCCCCAGGUCCUUCCCUGGCUCAGGUGUACCCCAGCCCGGUGGUAGUGGCUGUGUGGGAAUGGCAGGAUGGGCUGGGUACCUGGCAUCCCUACAGUGCCACUGUGUGCAGCUACAUUGAGCAGCAGUUUGUCCAGCAGAAGGGUCAGCGCUUUGGGGUGGGCAGCCUGGCACACAGCAUCCCCUUAGGCCAGGCUGACCCCUCACUGGCCCCGUACAUCAUUGACCUCCCCAGCUGGACCCAGUUCCGUCAGGAUACCGGCACCAUGCGGGCUGUGCGUAGACACCUGUUCUCCCAGCAUUCGGCCCCAGGCCAGGGUAUCAUCUGGGAGUGGCUGGGCGAUGAUGGCUCCUGGACGGCCUACGAAGCCAAUGUCUGUGAUUAUCUGGAGCAGCACAUGGCCAGGGGCAUCCAGGUUGUGGACUUGGCUCCCCUGGGGUACAACUACACCGUCAACUAUGCCACCCACACGCAAACCAACAAAACUUCCAGUUUCUGCCGGAGCGUGCGGCGCCAAGUAGGCCCACCUUAUCCAGUGACCACCGUCAUUGCUCCACCAGGCCACACAGGAGUCGCCUGCUCUUGCCAACAGUGCCUCCAUGGCAGUGGAACUGGCCCUGUGUCAGGCCGCUACCGCCACUCCAUGACCAACCUCCCUGCAUACCCCACGCCCCAGGCCUCCCACAGGACUGCCGUUGCCUUUGGGGCCCACCAGGGCUUCGCCCCAUACAACAAACCUUCGCUCUCUGGGGCCAGAUCUGCACCGAGGCUCAACACCACCAACCCCUGGGCUGGGGCCCCUCCGGCCCUGGGGAACCAGCCCCUCUUCCACUCCAGCCUGUCCCAUGUGGGACCACAGCUCCUGCCCCCUGGACCGUCCACUUCCAGCGGAGCCAGUGCCUCCCUCCCCAGCGGUCCCUCCAGCAGCCUUGGAAGUAUCCCCACCACUGUGCCCGUGCAGAUGCCAAAGCCUAGCAGGGUCCAGCAAGCGCUUGCAGGCAUGACAAGUGUGCUGAUGUCAGCCAUUGGACUCCCCGUGUGUCUUAGCCGCGCACCCCAGCCCGCCAGCCCUCCCGCCUCCCGCCUGGCCUCUAAAAGUCACAGCACAGUUAAGAAACUAAGGAAAAUGUCCAUGAAAGGGGGCCCUCCAAAACCGGAGCCAGAACAGGUGAUCAGAAACUACACCGAGGAGCUGAAGACCCCUCCGGAUGAGGACUGCAUGAUCUGUAUGGAGAAGCUGUCUGUGGUUUCCGGGUACAGUGACGUGACUGACAGCAAGACCCUUGGGCCUAUGGCCGUGGGCCGCCUCACCAAGUGCAGCCAUGCCUUUCACCUGCUGUGCCUGCUGGCCAUGUACUGCAACGGGAACAAGGACGGUAGUCUGCGGUGUCCCUCCUGCAAAACCAUCUACGGGGAGAAGACUGGCACCCAGCCCCAGGGGAAGAUGGAGGUGUUCAGGUUCCAGGUGUCACUCCCCGGUCACGAGGACUGCGGGACAAUACUCAUAGUUUACAGCAUUGCCCACGGCAUCCAGGGCCCUGAACACCCCAACCCUGGGAAGCCAUUUACCGCCAGAGGGUUCCCCCGCCAGUGCUACCUCCCAGACAAUGCCCAGGGCCGAAAGGUCCUGGAGCUCCUGAAGGUGGCCUGGAAGAGGCGACUCAUCUUCACAAUCGGGACGUCCAACACCACAGGCGAGACAGACACCGUAGUGUGGAACGAGAUCCACCACAAAACGGAGAUGGACCGCAACGUGACUGGCCACGGCUACCCUGACCCCAACUACCUGCAGAAUGUGCUGGCUGAGCUGGCCGCACAGGGAGUGACCGAGGACUGCCUGGAGCAGCAGUGACCCACAGUGCCACUCGGUGUGCCUCUGCUGGCCACCCUGGCCCCUAGGCUGCCCUGAGAGGCUGGAACACAAGUCGAGGGCAGCUCUCAAAGCCAGCUGUGCCCACCUCUCCUGCUCCCCUCAGGCAGGGAUCUGCAUGGGCGCUGGGCAGCCCUGGGAGGAGGACUUGGGGGGCUUACGAUGCAGCUACCUCAUCAGGGACGGCCGUAUCCUCGAGGCUGCUCUGGGCCCCAGCACCAGGCCUGGCAGGAGAGGAGCUGGUCCUCCUCAGCCAGGCAGGCACAGGCCCUGGGUCUGCUUCUUAUACCUCACAUUUUAUUUGCAAUAAAGGCGCAAUAGCCAAA